AUGCAAGUCACGGCAAAGUUCCUCCUUCCCCUUGCCCUUGGGCACUUGGUCGAAGCCUUUCCACGACGAGACCUUACCUCCGCAACCGUGACUGUUGAUACGACCGUCAAAUAUCAAGAAGUGGAUGGCUUUGGCUGUUCACAAGCCUUUCAGCGAGCUGAGGACAUAUUCGGCAAAUAUGGAUUGCCUCCAGUCAAUCAAACCUUCGUACUGAACCUUCUCUUCGACAAAACAAUCGGGGCGGGCUUCACCAUUCUCAGAAAUGGAAUUGGCUCUAGCAAUUCAUCCGCAAGCAACUAUAUGAAUUCUAUUGAGCCUUUCAGUCCAGGCUCCCCGUCUGCUAGGCCCAAAUACGUAUGGGAUGGGUACGAUAGUGCCCAGUUUUCGCUGGCCGAGAAAGCCUACUCUCGCGGACUGUCGAGUCUAUACGCCAACGCCUGGAGCGCCCCGGGGUAUAUGAAGACCAACCUCGACGAAAACAAGGGCGGCUACCUCUGCGGUGUUACUGGUACUUCUUGUCCCUCCGGAAAUUGGAUGCAGGCGUAUGCGAAUUAUCUCGUCCAGUAUAUUCGGUUUUAUAAGCAGUCCGGCGUCGAGGUGACUCACUUAGGCUUCCUCAAUGAGCCUCAGCUGGCUCCCUCCUACGCUAGCAUGCUCUCUAAUGGUACCCAGGCGGCUGACUUCAUUCGUGUUUUGUCCCGGACCGUCAAGAAGGCUGGACUCAACGUCAAGCUCACCUGCUGCGAUGGCAUGGGGUGGGACCUCCAGGCAGAAAUGAUGCCUGAGCUACAAGCCGGGCCUGAUCCAGCUAUCAACCACUUAUCCGUCAUCACAGGCCAUGGCUAUGAGAGCGCCCCCACGUUUGAACUCGACACCGAGGUAAAGGUCUGGGAAUCUGAGUGGGCCGAUUUGACAGGGCAAUUCACUCCCUACACUUUCUUCGAGAAUGGUACCGAGGGCGAGGGCUUGACAUGGGCUCGUCGCAUUCAAGUCGCCUUUACAGAUGCCAAUGUCAGUGCCUUCCUGUACUGGAUCGGCGCUGAGAACUCGACCACAAAUAGUGGAUUGAUCAAUAUGAUCAACAAUGAGGUGAUCCCGUCGAAGAGAUUCUGGGCAUUUGCUCAGUUCAGCAAAUUCGUCCGUCCCGGUGCUCGACGGGUCCUCUCCUCCAGCUCCCAAUCGGCCAUCACGACUAGCGCAUUUGUGAACACAGACGGCGUCGUGGCAGCCCAGCUGAUCAACAAUGGCACAGAGCCCUACAAUUUCAAAGUGGCCAUUCAAGGAAUCAGGAAGGGCUCCCACGUACGGCCGUACCUGACCGAUAACGAUAACGACCUGUCGCCUCUACCUGUACUCGCUAUUCAAAAUGGCAGGGAGUUUAUAGGCAGUAUCCCUGCUCGUUCAAUGCUCUCGCUGGUAUCUGCCAAGUAG